GGAGAGGAGACGGAGCACAGCGCGCUGACCGGCCAGUGUGGACUGUUCGUCUGAAAGAGUUUAGGAAGGGGCCGCGUGCCGGUGCACAGGUUACCUGCACAAGGACCCGGGUUCGAGCCCCGCCCCCACCUGCUGGGGGAAGAGCUUCGUAAGUGGUGAAGCAGGACGCAGGUGUCUCUCUCCCUCUGUAUCUCCCCUUCCCUCAAUUUCUGGCUGGCUGUCCGCUAAGUAAAUAAAGGUAAUAAAAAUUAUAAAGGAAAUGGAAAAGCCUAAGGCCGAGAGCUGGAAAAGGACACCGCAAACGCUGAAACCAAGAGGGGCAGCGCGAGGUGCAAUGAAAACCCUCCCUGCUUUCUGUGUUGUGCUCUUGGUGCUCUGGAGUGUCUCCGAAGCCAAGUUUGAUGAUUUUGAAGACGAGGAAGACAUAGUAGAGUAUGAUGAUAACGACUUUGCUGAAUUCGAGGAUGUCACAGAAGAUCCCGCCCCUGAGUCUCCUCAGCGAGUGGUAACCACUGAAGACGAUGAAGACGAGGCCACUGUAGAAUUGGAAGGGCAGAGUGAGAACCAGGAAGGUGAUUUUGAAGAUGCAGACGCCCCGGAGGGAGACACAGAGAAUGAGCCAUAUGAUGAUGAAGAAUUUGAAGGUUAUGAAGACAAACCAGAUACAACUUCUAGCAAAAACAAAGACCCAAUAACAAUUGUUGAUGUGCCUGCACAUCUCCAGAACAGCUGGGAGAGUUAUUAUCUAGAGAUCUUGAUGGUGACUGGGCUGCUGGCCUACAUCAUGAAUUACAUCAUUGGGAAGAAUAAAAACAGUCGCCUUGCCCAGGCCUGGUUCAAUACUCACAGAGAACUUCUGGAGAGCAACUUUACCUUAGUAGGGGAUGAUGGAACUAACAAGGAAGCCACAAGCACAGGAAAGCUGAACCAAGAGAACGAGCACAUCUACAACCUGUGGUGUUCUGGCCGAGUGUGCUGUGAGGGGAUGCUUAUCCAGCUGAGGUUCCUGAAGAGACAGGACUUACUGAAUGUCCUGGCCCGGAUGAUGAGACCAGUGAGUGACCAAGUGCAAAUAAAAGUAACCAUGAAUGAUGAAGACAUGGAUACAUAUGUGUUUGCUGUUGGCACUCGGAAAGCCUUGGUACGACUACAGAAAGAGAUGCAGGACCUGAGUGAGUUUUGUAGUGAUAAGCCUAAGUCUGGAGCAAAGUAUGGAUUGCCAGAUUCCUUGGCUAUCUUGUCGGAGAUGGGAGAAGUCACAGAGGGGAUGAUGGACGCAAAGAUGGUUCACUUUCUUACACAUUAUGCUGACAAGAUUGAAUCCGUUCAUUUUUCAGACCAGUUCUCUGGUCCAAAAAUUAUGCAAGAGGAAGGUCAACCUUUAAAGCUACCUGAAACUAAGAGGACACUAUUGUUUACAUUUAAUGUGCCUGGCUUAGGUAACACUUACCCAAAGGAUAUGGAGGCUUUGCUACCCCUGAUGAACAUGGUGAUUUAUUCCAUUGAUAAAGCCAGGAAGUUCCGGCUCAACAGAGAAGGCAAACAAAAAGCAGAUAAGAACCGCGCUCGGGUAGAAGAGAAUUUCUUGAAGUUGACGCAUGUGCAGAGGCAGGAAGCGGCACAGUCCCGACGUGAGGAGAAGAAGAGAGCAGAGAAGGAACGAAUCAUGAAUGAAGAGGAUCCCGAGAAACAGCGCAGGCUGGAGGAAGCUGCCUUGAGGCGUGAGCAAAAGAAACUGGAGAAGAAGCAGAUGAAAAUGAAACAGAUCAAAGUGAAAGCCAUGUAAAGUCGUUCCGGAGAUCUGAGUCUGGAUGCCACCUGUAAGCUAUGAGCUCACAGGAAACAAUAUUCAGCAACUGAGAAAUCCUUGUUUCUUCAUUUGUUCUGCUAUGGGCUUGGAAUUUUAUAGAGGUUAUGGAUACAUUGGAAGGAUUCCGUUUCAGUAAUUUCCUUCCAGAUAAUCAAAUUGUUUUGAUUGUUUUAUUUAAAAUUAUAUAUGAAAUCUAUGUAGUUUUGAAAUAUUUAAAAGUUAUAACAUUAAUCAUCUAUGCUUCUAGUGCUAUGAUGUUUGAAGAAAUAUCAUGAAACUUACAGGUAGAUAAUUAGUUUCUUUUUGUCCAAGCAGUCACAAUGACUAUGAAAACUCUAAACCAAGAUUCCAUAAGUGACUUGGAAUUGCACAAUAAAUACUUCUUGGUGUUUU